AUGGACCCGAUACCUAACUCCAAUUCUAUUGAACAGCCUACCCAAGAAGUGAACAGCGUCCUGAGGGCUCAUGUUUUCAAUAUGAUGCCCAUUCGACUACUACAGCUUCCAGAAAUGAAACUCAUCGAAAGGGGCGACGUCUUCAAGCAUCUUCUUCCUAAAAUGUCUGAUAUCACCGAGGCUUGGAUAGAGGACAGGAUAAAAUCGACGAAAUGGGAAAGUGUUGCAUUUGUUUCGGGAAAGAUCGACAGGCGAAAGCGAGUAAUCGAGGAGGCCGUCACGGAGCGUGCACAGUACGCAAUCCUGUCACAUACCUGGCUGUUGGAAGAAAGGGAAAUUACAUACGGCGAUUGGGUAUCCCAGCAAAACCUUUCUGGAGCUGGAUAUGCGAAGUUGAAAAACUUCUGCAAGGUGGCUUAUCACGACCACGGGAUGACACUUGCAUGGCUUGAUACGCUCUGCAUAAAUAAGGACAGCACCUCUGAACUCGACGAAUCUAUACGUUCCAUGUACCGUUGGUAUCUUCACUCUGCAAUCUGUAUCAUCAUACUUGCGGAUACAUCCAUCAUCGACGAUGUACCCAAGGAUCGUUGGUUCACCCGUGGUUGGACUCUUCAGGAACUUUUGGCCCCCAGUCGAUUAAAGUUUUAUUCAAAGGAUUGGAAACCACUUUUGCAGGGCCAUAACGAUAAAGCAUAUGUUGAGAAGGAUGAGGACAAUAGUGAUGGCGACGACAGCAAUAGCGACGACAGCACCAGCGCAGACGGAAACAAUUUAUCAGUGUUUGGACCCCUUAUUGAGCAGGCGACGGGAAUAUCUCUCAACGAGUUACGGACUUUUGAUCCAGCUGGAACUCGGAGGAACAUCCCUACGCGGAUGAUGUGGGCGUCAAAAAGAGUUACGACACGCGAAGAGGACUCUGCAUAUUGCCUCAUGGGCAUUUUUGGUGUCAGCUUUUCGAUUGCCUAUGGGGAGGGUAGAGAGCGCGCCUUCUUUCGGCUUCUGGAGGCCAUUAUGACAACCUACCGGGAUAUUCUAGCAAUUCUAGACUGGUCAGGAAAGCCGAUAGGGCAUGACGUGCACGCAACGUCCCUUCUUCCGUCAGGGCCAGAGUGCUACAAGCUUGCUCCAGGGGAUAAAAGAUUGGAAUCCUUCGCAUGGUACGACAUACAAGAUUACGUACCGUUCUCCUUUGCGCCAAAGGAGCCAAUGACCCUAACUCACCUCGGAAUUCGCAUUGAUCUGUACUGCGUGCCUGCCACAGUACAUUCCUUUGAGGAAAAAGAUGGAAUUUAUACAGUUUAUAUGAAAUGUGGCGCCCGUUUUUGCGAGGAACCCAUUGCCAUAAACGUCUACCCCCACACCUACGCCAUGUUCGACGAGGACGAGGAUGAAGGAUACGGCAAAGAAUUCAUGUUUGGUAUAUGGACAUUUGAAAGGGACAGUCAAGACACCGUAUACAUCCCUAAUGAGCCUUGUCGAGUAUUCCUGUUGGAGUCUACAGACCCAUAUCAGCCCAUUGAGAUGCCUCGACUCUGGCAUAAAGUCGACACACCUGAUCCCCUCAGAAUAUCGCCCGACUCGCCAUGGGAAGAUGACUGGGACAAGGAGAAAAUAUCGAUAAAAACCUUCAUUCUUUGA